AUGCAACCGGCCAGCGCGCAGAAGAGCGGGCAAGACACAGGCCACGGGACCCCUGAUUUAACCGAAGUUCCCCAGAUUCUGGGGAUCGGCCGCCAAUCGGUCCAUUUGUGCUCGAGUCUGUCCUCGGUUAAUUCAGAAUCGGUAAGUGGGGAGAGGCGAAUCUUGCAGUGCCUGCAGGCCGUGCAGGGAUUGCUUGAGGCGAAUCAUUGA